ACCAUGGUACCAGAAAAUGAAACACAAUUCACUGAAUUUAUUCUUUUGGGAUUUUCUGAGAAGCCAGAGCAUCAAGGGGCCAUCUUUUUGCUAUUCUUGGUCAUGUACUUGGUCACUGUGUUUGGAAACCUGCUCAUAAUGUUGGCUAUUGGCUCUGACUCUCACCUCCACACCCCCAUGUAUUUCUUUCUUUCCAACUUGUCCUUUGUGGAUCUCUGUGUGGUAUCUACCACAGUCCCCAAGAUGCUGAUGAAUAUCUUAACACAAAGCAAGGUCAUCCCCUAUGCUGAUUGUCUUGCCCAAAUGUACUUCUUUUUGGUCUUUGCUGGAUUGGACAAUUUCCUCCUCAUAGCAAUGGCUUAUGACCGUUUUGUGGCCAUCUGUCACCCUCUACGCUAUACGGUCAUCAUGAGCCCUAGGCUCUGUGUCCUGUUAGUUUUGCUGUCCUGGAUAUUAAGCCUCCUAAAUUCCCUGCUUCACAGUCUGAUGGUAACACAGCUCUCCUUUUGUACAGACCAUGCAAUUCAACAUUUCUUUUGUGAUCUUCCCCAAAUUCUGAAAUUGUCCUGUUCUGACAACCUUGUCAAUAAUGUCUUGGCAUAUAUUGUUGCUGGAUUGCUUGGUGUUCUCUCCAUCACAGGGAUAUUUUUCUCUUAUAGUCAGAUCUGUUCUUCCAUUUUGAAAGUCCCAUCUGCUGGGGGUAAGUAUAAAGCCUUUUCUACUUGUGGAUCUCACCUUUCUGUGGUUUCCUUAUUCUAUGGCACAGGUCUGGGAGUCUAUUUCAGCUCUUCAGUUAUCCACUCUUCCUGGAAGAGCACAGUUGCCUCAGCAAUGUAUGCUGUGGUCACCCCCAUGUUGAACCCCUUCAUCUAUACCCUGAGGAAUAAGGACAUAAAAGAUGCCCUUAGGAAGAUCAUUAGUAGAAAAGCCUCCUUUCAAUAA